AUGUCGGAGGCUGUUGGACGCAGCGUGGAUCAAGCACAAUUUGAUAUGGCCUGGCGGUCUCAGCCUCUGGGCCUCUUCGAGUCUGAAGUCCCUGGGGUUCGGCAGAGGCUUCCCUCCGCACGGUUCCUCUGUGGCCCAGAGGACAGAGGCCGCUGUUGCAAAGCCACGUCCUUCAUCUCCUCCAGCGGGGCUCUCCGUCUGGGAGAAGAAGGCCAUGCACACCGACCAGGUGCCGGCGCCCACGUGCGUGGGGCAUCAUUCAAGGACAAAUCACUGGCGGCGGUCGUGCAGGAGAAAGACAAAGAGGCUGAAGAGGAAGAGCUCGAAGAGGAGGCCGCUGCGAAGCAGGCUCCCGACCCCGAUAAGGUCAAUCCGGAGUGUACCCAAGCCAGGAAGACCGGGCGCCCUCGAUGCUGUCUGUGCAUCAACGGCGAGGCAAUCUGGUCGCAGGAUGGCAGCUGCAAGCACUGCGUCGACAGCGGCAAGGGCAUCCGAGACUGCUCUGAGGUGGACGAAGGCUGCCGCCCGGGCUCAAUAAGUUGGCCCCUGAAAUACAAGGAGCAGGAGGUCGAGGGGCACGGUCAAGGCGGACAGGGAGAGGGAGAAGGAGAUGCUACACAAGCAGAAACUGGUACACAAGCAGAAGCUGGUUCACAAGCAGGGCUACAUGGUGGCCCCAAUGGUGGCCAAGGAGGGCUACAUGGUGGCGAAGGUGGGCUACAUGGUGGCGAAGGUGGGGUACAUGGUGGCGAAGGAGGGGUACAUGGUCGCGAAGGAGCACAGAAAGAAAAGGAGUGGAAUGAAGAGGAUGACAAUCGUGGUGCAAUCUGUGCCGAGUCUUGUGCAGAGCGGUUCGUCACCAACAUCACAGGGGAGAUGAACAUCCCCCGCGCGAGGACGCCGCAUGAAGCAAAGAUGCUGACCAAGCAAGCCGAGCAAGAAGCUGCGCAACAGGCGGAAGCGAAGGAAGAAAUCGCUAAAGAGCAAGAAGAGAUCUCGAAAGAAAUGGAGAAGCAUGGCGACGAAAUCGCUGCAGAGACUCCAGCCUAG